AUGAAGAUCCCCGCGUCGCCCCUCCUCAUCGCCUCUUUGGCCCUUACCUCGUCGACCCUCGCCGCGCCCACUGCUAUCAAGCGCGACAACACCCCCUCGCCCAACCCGGACAACGGCAGCUUUGACAGCUCCCCGGCUUGCGGCGACUUUGUCAGCGACGCUGAGCGCCGCGAUGGUCACCACAAGGACACCAUGGUGGACAGGAGGCGCUCCAUCAUGCUCGGUCACAAUCAGGCUCGGUCUGCUCCCAAGGGUCACCGCCGUGCCGUAUCCUGGAACGGCAAGCGCCAGCUCAUCCCCGGGGGCAACCCUCUCGUCACUGCUGGCGGCGUCGCUGGUGGCGUAGCCGACACUGCCAACGGCCUCAUCGGUGGUCUUCUUCCCGGCCAGAUCGGCUCUACCGUCACCGGUGUCACUCAGCCCCUCACUGGCGGUGUAGUCGACGGUCUCAAGACUGGUAACCCCCUCGGUGUCGUCCACGGCGCUCUCGGUGGUGUCGGCGGCUCGGUCGGCGGUCUCACCCACGGCGUAUCCGACCUCCUCCCCGGUCAAGUCGGCGGGAUCGUCACCGGUGUGACCGACCCGCUCGUCAACGGUCUCACCAGCGGCCGUCCUGUUACCGGUGUCGUCAACACUGUCAAUGGUCUCCUCGGCACCGUCGGCGGUCUCCUCCCUGGCGGUCUCGGCGACACCGUUACCGGUCUCACCAAUCCCCUCCUCGGCAACGUCGCAGGCACAGUCGACGGCGCAAUCAGCCAGACCGGUCCGCUCCAGCAGUUCAUCGGCCACGAUGGUCUCGUCGAAGGUGUCAUCGGCGGUGGUGGUGGUGUCUACAGCUACGGCGGUGGCGCUGCUCCCGCAGCCGCUGCCACUGCCCAGGGUGGUGGUCUGCUCGGCGGCGGUGGUCUUUUGGGCGGUGUCCUCGGUGACAAGGGUCUUCUCGGCGGCGUCCUGGGCCAGAACGGAGUCGUCGGCGGGCUGCUCGGUGGUGGUGGCAAUGGCGGCCUCCUCGGGGGUCUGGGUGGAGGUCUCCUCGGCGGUGGUGGCAGCUCUGGUGGCCUCCUCGGCGGGGUCUUGGGUGGAGGCAGCAACGGCGGUCUCCUCGGCGGCCUUCUCGGCGGAGGCGGCGCCGCCACUCAGAACGCUUUGGCUGCUCCCACCUCCGAGCAGCGAACCGCGGCGCAAAACAAUCUCCUCGUCUCGGUCAUCCAGGAGCAAGGCGGUGUCAUCCGAGACCUCGGCAACGGUCAAUUCCUCACCAAAGCUGGCGGUGUCGUCAAUCUCCCCCCGGCCAUCGCCUCGCAAGUCCAGCGGCUUCUCGCUUCGGUCCAGUCUCAGGUCGCCGGUCUCUCCUCCGUGCAGCAGCUCUUCUCUGCCGAGGGUGUGGACCGCCUCCCCGCGGUCGGCGACUCGCUCGGCCAGACCGUCAAGGCUCUCGGUACCGAUCUCCCCCCUACCGACACUGUCCUCCCCUCCGCCUCAGCCCUGCCCAGCAUGACCUCCGCCGACCUCCCGGCGGGUACAGGCAAGGCUGCAGUCUCCCCUGAAGCCCUUGACCUCGCUUCAUCCAUUCGCCAGAACGGUCAGGCGUUGAGCGAUGCGGACGUCGUCGCUGCCCUCCAGGGUCUCGAGGAUCCUUCCACUGCCUUCAUCUCCCUUGGUGAUGGCAAGGAGAACGUUGAUCUCGGCCCACUCGAAAAGAUCCUCUUCGGUACCGACGGGAUCGACCUCUUCCCUUCGGCUACCGCUGGUCUCCCCUCCGGUCUGCCCUCCUCCGCCCCAUCGUCCAUCCCCACCCCUCUCCCCUCCGCGAGCGCAACGGCCCCGGUCGACGACAUCUCCAUCAUGGCCGUCCCCACCGCCGCUCCCAGCGUCCUCCUCGACAACGUCCCGCUCAGUGACGACUCUGACGAGUACGACUACGCGGAUGAUGACGAGACGGUCGAUGCCGAGGAGUACCCUACCUUCUACUCGGGCGACAACCAGAUCUACGCCAGCGCGGUCAACUAUGCCAGUGCGGCCGUCCCCUCCGUCAGCUCUGCCAUCGCUCCAGGAGGAGUCCCCUCGGAUAUCCCCUUCGGAGGCGCGGUCCCCUCGAGUGCGGCGAUGAUUCCACAGAACAGUGCUGGGCUUGCUUAG